AUGGCCACCACGACGAAAGCACCACCCACUUUGCGCACCCUCUACCGCCACCUCCUCCGCGAACUCCCACCCACCCCUGCGCCACGCCACACCCUCCCCCGGAGCCCCAUCCACGCGUCCAUUCGCAAGCACGUCAAGCACGCCUCCUCGUCGCUCUCUUCCGCCACGCGAUCGGAAUCCGAAUCCCAUAACCUUGCAAGGCUUCAAGAACUAGAGCAGUUCGUCACGUACCUCCGCGCGCAGAGGAUGUACGGCACGCUCCUGCAGCGGUAUAAUCCCGGGAUGGGCAUGGAUGAGGAGGAGCGCGUGCGGUUGACGGCCCGGCGGGUGGGUAUGGAUUUGCCGGUUGAGUUUGGUGGUGGGGGAGCGCGGGAUAAGAAGUGA